GCAGGAGGAGGAGCUGUGGAGCAGAAAUCGGCUGCGGGUUCAGAGGGGCGGCUCUGCCUCCUCAGAAAGGAGGGAUCAGGGCAGGAGCUGGGAGGGAGGAUGGAAAAGGAGGAAUAAAUCACGAUUCCUUAGUGAAAAACUUCGGGAAGCCACAAGGGCUGAGGAGGAAAACUCGGCUUUUUGGGUUUUGCUUUUUUGUUUUAAUUUAUUUAUUUCUUUUUUUAACCCUUUUUUUUUUUUUUUUAAUAAUCGUGUCACCACCCUCGUGCCGGUAACGCAAGAAAUUCCAACUUUCCCCCCCCCACCCCCCAGGUGAUCCCGUUUUUCCCGCAGAGAUGUCUCUGAACCAGAUGCAAAUCAAGCAGGAGCUCACGCUCCCUCCCGGUUUGGGUAAAACCACCCCAAAACAGAACCCGGAGCUGUCGCAGCAUCCCCAAAUCCCGGUGCCCGCCCCAUGCCCCGAGCCGCUCCCAGCGAUGCCAAAAUGCCCGGAAAAAGCGAUUCCAGCGCCGGGCGUGGAACCGGGACAAGGGGAAGCUCCGGUGCCGCAGUGCCCGCCCCAGGAGCAGCAGCAGCAGCAAAGCGAAUUCCCUCCAAAAUUCCCCCCGGUGUCCAUCCCUGACCCUGUCCAGUGCGCCCAGGAAAAACAGGAAUGCAAGGAAAUCCCGGUGUCCAUCCCAGAAAAACAGGAAUGCAAGGAAAUCCCGGUGUCCGUCCCAGAAAAACAGGAAUGCAAGGAAAUCCCGGUGUCCGUCCCAGAAAAACAGGAAUGCAAGGACACCCCUGUUCCCAUCCCAGUUUCAUGCCCUGAACCCAUUCCAUGUGUCCAGGAAAAGCAGGAAUGCCACGAAACUCCGGUGCCAAUCCCGAUUUCGUGCCCUGAACCCGUCCCGCAUUCCCAGGAAAAACAGGAAUGCAAGGAAAUCCCGGUGUCCAUCCCAGAAAAACAGGAAUGCAAGGAAAUCCCGGUGUCCAUCCCAGAAAAACAGGAAUGCAAGGAAAUCCCGAUCCCAGUCCCACUCCCAGACCCCACCCCGUGCUCCCAGGAAAAGCAGGAAUUCCAGGAGAUCCCUGUUCCCAUCCCGGAGCAGCGCUCCCUUCCCGAGAAAUUCCCUCCCCUGGAGCAGCAGCUGGAGCAGCCCAGCCUGUGGCAGAAGUAG